AUGCCCAUCACUAGCACAUCAAAGGAACCUCUAUCUGAUACCGAAUUUGACAAACUAUGGACACUUGAAGACACAUUCACCCAUCCACAAUUCCGUUUGUUGUAUGUUCCUCCCAAAGAUGAACAUGACAUGAUGACGAUUAUUACACCUUCCAAACACGAGCCAUCUUACGUCCCUGAUCGCAAAUUUUAUGCUCUAUCACAUUUAUGGGGAACCGAUCCAAAGGAUAACCUAUGGGAAGUGAGCGACUUUAUCAGUGACGAGGAUGGUACUACAGUGGAACCAAUACCAAUGAGACAAGAGAAACGCGAGGCCUUCUUGAAUCUACUACAAGAGAACCCUGGCUACUGGUGGAUUGAUGUCUUGUGUUGCAGGACCGACACGCCACCUAUCAUCAUGCGAGGUGUGUAUGGUUGCUGCCAUACGUGUUUUGCUAUGAUUGAUUGUCCACCCAUAGCAAUUGAAUUUUUCUCAGCGGAAGUCCUUAGCUCGCUCGAUUCGAUGUCAUCAACCAGGGAAGGAUGGCCGCAUGUUGGGGAUAUUUGGAAAUGCCGUUGGUUUUCACGUGUAUGGACCAUGCAAGAAUUGGCCCUUCCGUCUUCAGUUUUAUUACUCUCAGAGACAUGUGAUAUGCCUUGUUACCUCUCUGUUGACUCGCUUCAUCACCAGCUGGAGUAUCAUUUUCAUUCCAAGGAGGACAAGAACACCAAAGAUCUCAAGAAUCAUCUUUUAAACAUGCGAUGCGUCUUUCAAUGGUUCCAUGAUGAUGAAGAAUUCCUCGAUACAACAUUCGGAAGUCUCAAUAGACUAUUAGCUAUGUUCGCCGAAUCUGAACGAUCAUGUUACUUUGCCGAAGAUUAUGUGUAUGGCGUACUAGGCAUCUUCGGUUGGGAUAUCCCACGACUGAAUGAUCUGAGAGGUUUAUGGGAUCACUUCGUCUUUAGCAUCUGUGAGUUUGCAAAGAAGGCCUUUUGGACAGAGGUUAAGAACAACUUUGAGACCACCCUGUAUGGCCUUGAGGAUGUACAAUGUCCAGAAACUGCCGUCAAGCAUUGCCAGGAAUUUAUGUAUAUAGGCGCUUCUGGGGACGUUGAAUCAUGUCCACUAUCGAGAGCAUGCAACAUGGCAGACGUGUAUCAGCAAUUAUCAUUAGCAUUGUACAUCAGCACGGGUGAACGUUCAUGUGUUGUUUGUAAACGUGUCCUUAGAGCGCUGCGCUCUUCACCUUCCGUUAAAGUCAUUUGGUGUUAA